AUGGUGUGUUUCGGUGCCAUCGGCGGCCUUUUCGCGCUGCUCCUCCCGCCGGCACUCAUGUCUCACUCUGAAACAUUCGCAGCAGCCAGCGACACGUCCUUCGGCUCCGCCAACGAGAAGCAGCCCGCUGCCAGGCGGCCCACCGCCGUGAAGAUCGCGCUGCGGAUGCUGAAGGAGGAGGGCCUGGUGCACGCGGAGGCGUCCUUCUGCUUCGACGCCUUCCAGUUCUGCGUCCUCGUGUCCGACUUUGCGAACGCCAAGGCGUGGGCGCGGCGCGCGUGGGAGGUGGCGUGCGUGACGGCCGGGCCCGAGAGCGCGGCGGCGCGCACGUUCAAAAUGUACUGGGCGAACCCGCGCGCACACCGCUUUGCGGGGCUGCUCCCGCGCGGGGUCCUCGGCGGGCCGGACAGCUCGUGA